CCACCUUAGCACUUCUGAGCUAAGCGCAAGCCAAACCAUGAGGACCCUGGUUGUCGCCCUUCUUGUCUGCUGUCUGGCCGGAGUCUGCCUCGCUGGCGGCUACGGCUUCGGUGGCGGCUACGGUUUGGGAUAUGCCAGCUUCGGUGGUGGCUACGGUGGCGGCCAUGGCCUCGGCUACACCAAGACUGUUCCCGGGCCCUCUUUCCUCGUCAAGACUGUGCACCACGUGAACAGGAUUAGCCAGGGAGCUCACCUGGUUGGAGGUCACUACGGUGGAGGAUACGGCGGCGGAUUCGGCGGAGGAUACGGCGGAGGAUACGGAGGGUACGGAGGCUACGGUGGAUACGGCGGAUACGGCGGUUACUCUCUCAAGGGUUGAGUGCAAGAAUGAUUACGCCUUAUAACGGGAAAGAGCAAGAUGGCAAGCCACGUACAACGGCACCUGUUGUCUUCUCUCUGUAAAUUUUGUACAAAUGCUGCGGCUUUUAAAUAAAAUUUGUACCAAAUGGGC